AUGCCGCACCCGUCGCAGCUCAACCGGCGAGCAGGCGGCAAGAAGGGCCCUCGGCAGGUCAACUCGAAGCGCCAGCCCAAAGUGACGCUCCGCCCCGCGCCAGCUCGCGACCCGGCCGCCGCCGCCGCCGCCGCUGCGUACGAGGCCGACUCGGGCGUGUCCGACGACGAUGCCGACGACUACGGUGGCGACCACGACGUCGACCGCACCGGCGAGCCGGCGUACGGCUACCGCGAGGCGCUGCGAGGCGAGCGCAAGCCGCUCGAGGGCCUCCGGGUGUCGGUCAGCGGGUGCGACGGGCGCAAGGAGGAUCUGCUCGCGCUCGCCGAGACGUUUGGCGCAGAGCGGCACGGCGGCUUGCAGGAGGACACGACCCACCUCGUCACCGACUCGCCCGCCGGCAAGAAGUACGACGUCGCGCUGCAGAGGAGGAUGCACGUCAUGAAGUCGUCGUGGCUCCCGGCGGUGCGAGACGCGUGGGUCAGCGGCGAGGACGUCGACUUUCACCAGCUCGAGCUCGACCACGCCAUGCCGCCACUCAAGGAUGUCGUCGCGUGCCUGACUGGCUUCGCCAAAGGCGAGUACAAGGAGGAGCUCAAGCGCCUCCUCGUGUUGAACGGCGCCAAGAUCGCCAUCAAGCUCGACAGCCGCGUCACGCACCUCCUCGUCGCCUCGCCGUCCUCGCCGCACUCGCAGACGCCGACGUCCAGCAAGCUCCUCCACGUGCGCAAGAACCGCCACUGCCUCCACGAGGACAUCGUCGUCGUGUGGGAGGGCUGGGCGCGCGAGGCGGUCAAGUACGGCGGGAUCCGGGCCGAGCGGGUCCAGGCGUGGGAGCACAACGCCGGCGGCGCCGAGCCGGUCGAGGACGUCACCUGGCAGGUCGACGUCGCGCCGCCACGUUGCCGCUCGACGGUCGUCCGCGCUCGCCCUGUACCGCUCGCCGCUCGGCAAGAAGCGCUCGGCGGCGCGGCGGCCGGACCCGUGGCCUCGUCGAGCCGCACCAUCGUCCCCGUGCCGGGCACCUACCAGCCUCGCCGGUCGUUCAAGGGCUACGACACGGCGCUCCUCGACAACCUCGACUCGGCCGCCGACCCGGCGCAGGCCGACACCGCCGCGCCGCCCGCGUUCGACCUCGCGCACGGCAAGGUCCUCAAGAAGCGCCGCCGUGUCGUCGCCGCCGACACUGUGCCCCAGCUGCUCCCGAGCGCGUCGCAGCAGGUCGCGCAGCAGGCGCAGGACGACUCGCAGGCGCUCCUCGAGGCGUUCGGCGCGUCGCAGCUCCCGGCGGCGGGCGACUCGAGCCGCUUCGCCGACGCCGACACGACUGGCCUGCAGAGCGUCGCCGAGCUGCUCGCUGCGCGUGCGCGAGCCGUCGAGGAGCACGGCGGCGCCGGCGAGGGCAAGGGCGACGGCGAGAUGGCGAUGCAGCUCGUCCCUGGGCAGGUCGAGAUGCAGCUCGUGCCCAAGAGCAAGUCGGUCAUCAAGGCGCUGUCGAGCUCGCGCCAGGGCUCGUUUGUCCAUGCUCCGGCCGGCGAGCGAGCACGCCGUCUGCCUGCUGCAGCCCCGUCGAGGACCGCCCUCGUCGCCGACGUGCCGGGCGAGGGCAACGCCGGGCACGACGACUCGGCCUUCUUCGACUCGGCGCCCGCCCUCGCGCCCGUCGCCAAUGACAAGACGACGACGACGACGGACAGCGGCGUGUCGUCGUCGGGCGCCUCGUCCGACGAGACGGUCUUUGCGCCCAUGUUCGCCGGCAAGACGGUCGCCCUCAUGGAGCUCAAGAGCCCGCGCGUGAGCGCCAUUCGCCGCGUCAUCGACAAGUGCUCGGGCGUGUGCAUCGACAACGCCAACGACGACGAGCUCGCCCAGGCCGACUUUGUGAUCGUCGACUACGUCGAACCUCCUGCACGCUUCGCCAACAACCCCGACCCGCGCAUCCGCACCGUCUGCUGGAUUGAGCUCUGCAUCUUCCACGACCAGCUCCUCGACCUCGCCGACCGCGUCCUCGAGCGGCCCAUCUCGUUCGCCUGCCCGGUCCCUGGUCUCGACGCCGUGCGCGUUCACUUUUCCGGCUUCGGCCCCGAGGACGAUCCCGCCAUGCACCACCUGCGCCGAUACUGCACCGCCAUCGGCGCCGUCUACUCGCCCUACAUGGACCGCUCGACGACGCACCUCGUCGUGUGCGCCCUCGACGACGACCGCUCGCUCGGGCCCGAGGACCUCGACCCGGCGCAGUUCCCCAAGGUCGCCAAGGCGCGCGAGUGGGGGCUCACGGUCUGCUCGCUCGGCGCGCUGCGGCAGAUGGUCGAGCGACGAGCGGAGGAGGUCCGGCGCGAGGCGGCUGGGGAGCAGGAGAAGGAGGAGGUGUCGCACGCGGCCGAGGGUCCGUGCACGACGAUGAGGGUCGCCGAGAUCACGGGCGAGGUCGACGAGCAGAGCGUGCACGGCCCGCUCGGCGACUGCGUCGUCUUCUUCUCGAGCAAGGUCGACGUCGACCGUCAAGCGCUCGCCUCGAUCGUCCAGGACCUCGGCGGCGUCGCAGCUCGGCAGUACAGCCAGUCGGUCACGCACUUUGUCUUUGCCGGCGUCAAGGCGACCGAGUCGUUCAAGGACUUCAAGCUCGCCAAGGCCGACGGCGCCCACAUCGUCCACCCGCGCUGGAUCGAAGAGUGCGGCCGUGCGCAGGCCCGCAUCUCGGAGAACGACUUCCCGCACACGUUCGACGCCAAGAAGGGCGGCCAGCUGUUCGACGCCGGCAUGAGCCUCGUCGGUGUGGCGUCGUCGCCUCGUGGACCUCCUGUCGGUGCGUCGAGCCAGGUGCCGCACGGCCGUCGAGCGCCGCGCUCGCCCUUGGCCCGCACGCCGAGCCCGGCUGCUCGCCCGCAGCGUGUCCUCCCUGAGCGCUCGCCGACCGUCGACGCGCGUCGUCCUGUGCAGGUCGAAGCAGGCGAGCAGCCCGAGGGCGCGAGGACCGAGCCGUCGUCGCCGGCGCCCUCGCCUGGGCCGCAGCAGGCGGUCGAGCACGAGCACGAGCACGAGCUCGGCGGCUUCGACGGUCUCGCCGACACGGCGCCUCGUCCAGCUCUCGACGAGCACGCGGCAGAGACGUCGUCGCCGCGUCAGCCCCUCCCUCGGUCCGAGCCCGACGUUUCGUCCGACUUUGAGCUGCCGCCGCUCCGCUCCGAGCACCGCCCGCCACCGCCCGUCGAGGACCCGGGUCGCAACAUGCUCCGCGAGCAGACGUCGCGACUGCUGGCGCAGUUGAGCGAGACGAGCGUGCCGCAGGCGGAGAAGCCGGGCCGGGCGAGGGGCCGGACCGCUCUCAGCAGGGGCAAGAGCUCGGGCACGAUCAGCCUCACCACCUCGAAGCAGCCGUCGCCCCUCGCCGCCGUUCCCCAACCCGGCCACUCGACCUCCUCCACCACGGCCGCCGCCGCCGGCCGCGUUCCCGGUCACGCCUACCCGCUCGACCCGUCGCAGGCGACGCAGGACGAGAGCCUGUACGUCGUGUACGACAACGUCGCCGAGGCGGCCGCGCGAGAGCAGAUCCGCCGUGCGCUCGCCGGCGGGGCCGAGGCGCCGCCCGAGCCCGUGUACCAGGACCCGGUCGGCUCGAGGACCAGGAGGGGCAGGGCGACGAGGCAGUGA